CAUGUCAGCAUCGUCCGGAUUCCUUCUUCUAACGAGGAAAUUCGCUUGGUUGAUGAUGCGUUUGGAAAAAUCUGUCAUAUGGUUAGUGAUGGUUCCUGGGUUGUUAGAGUUCAAGCUGCUAAAUUAUUGGGUUCUAUGCAACAAGUCAGCUCCCAUUUCUUGGAGCAGACUCUCGACAAGAAGCUCAUGUCAGAUCUGAGGAGGAAGCGCACUGCACAUGAACGAGCCAAAGAACUCUACAGCUCUGGGGAGUUUUCAAGUGGCAGAAAGUGGGGAGAUGAUGCUCCCAAAGAAGAAAUUGAUACAGGUGCUGUGAAUUUGAUUGAAUCAGGAGCUUGUGGGGCUUUUGUUCAUGGCCUGGAAGAUGAGAUGUAUGAGGUUCGGAUCGCUGCGGUUGAAGCUCUCUGUAUGUUGGCUCAGUCCUCACCUUCUUUUGCUGAGAAAUGCCUGGAUUUUUUGGUUGACAUGUUUAAUGAUGAAAUUGAGGAAGUGAGAUUGCAGUCAAUCCACACGAUGAGAAAAAUUUCCAACAACAUCACGCUGCGGGAAGACCAGCUGGAUACCGUGUUAGCUGUCUUGGAGGAUUCUUCAAGGGACAUUCGGGAAGCGCUUCACGAACUGCUGUGUUGCACCAAUGUCUCGACUAAAGAAGGCAUCCAUCUUGCACUGGUGGAGCUGUUGAAAAACCUCACAAAGUAUCCUACAGACAGAGAAUCCAUAUGGAAAUGCUUGAAGUUUCUGGGAAGCAGGCAUCCCACUUUGGUGCUGCCUUUAGUCCCAGAGCUGCUGAGCACACAUCCUUUCUUUGACACCCCAGAACCAGACAUGGAUGACCCAGCCUACAUUGCUGUUCUGGUUCUGAUUUUUAACGCUGCUAAGAGUUGCCCCACAAUGCCUGCCCUCUUCUCUGAUCAUACCUUCAGACAUUACGCCUAUCUUCGGGACAGCCUCUCUCAUCUGGUCCCUCCCUUAAGAUUACCAGGUAGAAAGCUGGUGUCCUCACCUGUCUCUCCCAGUAUUACACCCCAUGAAGAUCCCUCCCAGCAGUUCUUGCAUCAGAGCCUGGAGAGAGUUUACAACCUUCAGCACCUCGACCCGCAGGGCAUACAGGAGCUGCUGGAGUUUACCAUCCGUGAUCUUCAGAGGCUUGGAGAACUGCAGUCAGAACUGGCAGGGAUGGCAGAUUUCACUGCAACUUACCUUCAGUGUCAGCUGCUCCUCAUCAAGGCUUUGCAGGAGAAGCUGUGGAACGUGGCAGCUCCUCUGUACCUGAAACAGAACGCCUUGGCAUCUGCUGCAGCAAAACAGAUCUUGGAAGAAACUUAUAAAAUGGAGUUCAUGUACAGCGGAGUGGAAAGCAGACAAGUGGUCAUUAUUCACCACAUGAGGCUGCAGGCAAAGGCGUUACAGCUUAUAGUGACUGCACGUACCACCAGAGGAGUGGAACCUCUUUUUGGAAUGUGUGAAAAAUUCCUACAAGAAGUGGAUUCCUUUCAGAG